AUGCCUUCAAACCCACCACCACCAUCUUCAGGAGCAGCAAUGCCUCCUUUUCUCACCACCACCAUUCCCUCCUAUUCGGGGCGGACUCGCUCACUGCCAAUUGUCCCUGUUGGCAGAAGAGGUUCGACCAUUGCCAAUGCGAUCGGCCUGCGCAGAAGGAGCGAUAUCGAUAUCGUCCUAGAUGGUGACGUCGACUUUGUCCACUCGUACUCCACUUUUGAUGAGAUCAAAGGACGCAUAGACAUCAAAUUCGAAAAGGAUACUUCGUUUCACGACCUAAGCAUCACUUUCGAGGGUGUGAGUACUACAUAUGUCGAAAAGAUUGCAAGCACCGCGCCCACCACCGGUCGCACAACAGGAAAGCAUACAUUCCUCAAGGUCCAGCAGCCUAUCAACCCAAACACCCUCCCUGAAGAUGGCAUAUUUCUUGCAGGCACCAACUAUAGCCUCCCCUUCAACUUUGUCGUCCCUGAGCGGCUCCUGCCUUUCAUCUGUACACACAAAGUGAACCAUGAAGAACUCAGGAAGGAGCAUACACAACUGCCCCCGAGUCUGGGAGAUCCUAGCGUUUCGGGCGAUGGUCAUGUCCUUAUGGAUGACCUCGCUCCAGACAUGUCAAGGAUCAUCUACUCCAUUCGCGCCCGAGUCACAAAGUGGAAUGCCGUAGGCAGACUCAUCGAGCUGGCUGAUAAAUCUCAGCGCGUUCGAAUCGUCCCUGCCCGAGAGGAAGCACCACCUCUGAGUUUUGACGAAAUGGAAUCGGAUCAUGCCAUGCGCAAGGAGAAGAAUGUCAAGAAAGGCCUAUUCAAAAUUGGCAAGACAGGCCGACUCGUUGCCGAAACCACUCAGCCAAAGUCACUUCAUCUCCAACAUCCGAGCAAACGAUCCGGCGAGCCUAUUGCCACCAUGGCUACGGUGAACCUUCGAUUCGACCCAGCUUCCCCAGAGGAUGUCCCUCCUCAACUCGACUCAAUCGUGAGCAAACUAAAAGUCUACACUUUCUUCGGCGCUGCUCCCUACAAGAUUGCACCCGAAGCUCACAAGUGCGACAACUGGUCAUCACUGCACGGCUUAUACCCUGAAACUGUUCCUUUAUCUUCGCGAUGCUUGUCGACAGUCUCAUGGGUCCGACAUGAUGGGUCAGAUCGCCAGAGCUUUUCGACAACCUCGGAUCUCUCACGUCGACCAUCAGCAUUCUCCACUUCGUCUGCCUCAUCAGUCAUCGAACCUUCUGCCGCAUAUGCGGCUGGAUCUCCAUUCUACACUGCCACCGUCUUGGUCCCGGUAGCACUUCAGAAUGCGUCGGGCGGUAGCCGUCCCAAAGUGCUCGUGCCAAGCUUCCACUCGUGCAUAAUUUCACGGACGUAUGCACUCGAGCUGAACCUCUCUUAUCGUACCGCAGGGGCUAGCAUUGCAUCGAGUCACGUUGUCCUGAAGGCUCCGGUGCAGAUUUCAGCUGAAGGCGGCACGCGACCGGUCCACGGACCAGAAUCUGAUGAGGCCAUCCUUGCAGAAAUUGAAGAGCAAUUUGGCAUGUACGAAGCCCGCCAACUCCGCGACAUCGAUCUUCAACACGAACUAGGCCUCACACUGGAAACACCUGGCUAUGAGGAAGUCGUCACAAGUGUGACAACACCAUUACUUGGUACCCGACACAUGAGUCUCGCCAUGCCGGUGCAGAACACAAGACAAGCUCCAUCACCACCAACACAGCCUCCCAGUGCCUCAGAAUUAGCACCACCUGACUAUCACGUGGGAUCAGGCUUCAACACUUACAGUGCGAGGGAUAGAGCCGGGUCUCCCAGAACCACAAGUGUGAGUCCUUUCGCCAAUCUUGUCAAUGCCUGA